AGGUCAAGGGUGCGUAUGCUUUCGACGUCGAUGGAAACAAGUUCAUCGACUAUGUAGGCACGUGGGGACCUGCCAUCAUCGGCCACGCGGACGACAAGGUCCUCUCCGCAUUGAAGGACCAGAUGGAGAAGGGCACGUCGUUCGGGGCCCCCUCCUCGCUGGAGAACGUGCUGGCCAAGAUGGUGAUCGACGCGGUGCCGUCGGUGGAGAUGGUCCGGUUCACCAACAGCGGCACCGAGGCGUGCAUGGGCAUGCUGCGCCUGGUGCGGGCGUACACCAACCGAGAGACCGUGAUCAAGUUCGAGGGCUGCUACCACGGCCACGCGGACUCUUUCUUGGUGCAGGCUGGCUCCGGCGUCGCCACCCUGGGCUUGCCUGACUCGCCGGGUGUGCCGAAGGGGGCUACCGCCGGUACGCUGUGCGCGCAGUACAACAACCUCGAGUCCGUCGAGGCUCUCCUGAAGGCCAACGAGGUUGCCGCGGUGAUCCUUGAGCCCGUGGUGGGCAACUCCGGCUUCAUCCCGCCAACGAAGGAAUUCUUGCAGGGCCUCCGGGAGCUCACCACCAAAUAUGGCGCCCUGCUGGUCUUCGACGAGGUGAUGACGGGUUUCCGCAUCGCGUACGGAGGUGCCCAGGAGUACUUCGGCGUCACCCCGGACGUCACGACGAUGGGCAAGG